UAUCCUGGGUUCUGUUUUCGUUCUGCUGAGGAUUAUUCUACCCCUUUUUCUCUGUUUCUUUCAUCUCUUUUCCUUUCUUUUUAUCCUCAGCUGGUAGAUUGGAGGGGGGGGGGCUUUAGGAAAAGCCUGUUUCCAGAAUCAGCCCUGAAAGCUGUAUGUGAGGUUGUAAAUGACAAACAAAUUAAUGGGCUUUUGCUGCCUUGCAGGCUGACCGCUUUUGUGUUGAAAUGCCUUUCUCAAAUGAAGAGAUACAUCCCUGUGGAGGAACGCCACCUGAUCGACGCUCAGAACUUUUUGGCCUUAAAGCAGAAAGGAAAUGGCUGCUUCCAAAGCACCGGGACCCUCCUGAACAAUGCGCUAAAGGGCGGAGUUGAUGAUGAGGUCACUUUGUCAGCCUACGUCACCAUCAGUUUGCUGGAGAUGCCCUUACCCGUCACGCAUUCUAUGGUGCGAAAUGCGUUGUUUUGCCUGGAGACCGCCUCCCACCAGAAAGACAUCCCCGUGUACAACCUGGCCUUGUUGGGCUAUGCUUUUGCGUUGGCUCACAAACAGGACAAGGUGACAGAAAUACUCCACACCCUUCAAGAAAAGGCUGUGAAAGGAGACGAUGGCUCCAUUCACUGGGAGAGGCCUGCAAAGCCAGAGAUGAAGCAGCCUCUGUACUACGAGCGUCGUGCUCCUUCAGCAGAGGUGGAAUUAACCAGCUACGUGUUUCUUACUUACCUGAAGAGAGGUCUAUCACCAUCCGAGGAGGAUCUGGCAGCGGCCACGAAGAUUGUGACAUGGCUUACUAAACAACAGAAUCCUUCUGGAGGAUUCUCUUCAACACAGGACACCGUGGUGGCCCUCCAGGCCCUCUCUUUGUAUGCAGCCACGACUUUCUCCCACAGCGCGGAGGGCAUCAAAGUGGCCUUGAAGUCUGGUGAGAACAGUCUGAGGGAAUUCCAAGUAGACAAGAGCAACAGGAUUCUGCUUCAGACCUACGACCUGCCCAGCGUGCCUGGGGAGUAUUCGGUCGUCGUGACUGGGAAAGGUUGCGCCUAUGUGCAGACCACCUUGAGGUACAACGUGCUCCCACACCCAGAGGAUGACCCAUUUGCGCUGACUGUCAACACAAUUCCCGAAACGUGUGAAGGAGUCAAGGCCCACAAGGAAUACGACAUUGUACUGAACGUCAGUUACACCGGCAAACGUCCAGCCUCAAACAUGGCGAUUAUUAGUGUGAAGAUGGUCUCUGGAUUUGUACCAAAUAAGCCCUCUGUAAAAAAGCUGGAAAAGCAGGCUCCGAUUAAGCGGGUGGAUGUAAUCAGCCACUAAAGUGGAGCUGUAUUUGGAGAAGCUGACCAACGUCACCGUGCACAUCUCGUUCACGGUAGAACGGAGCUUCGAGAUCCAGAAUCAGAGGCCGGCGUUUGUGCGUGUGUACGACUAUUACGAAGAUGAAUCCACCGUGGUUCCAUAUAGCGCCCCCUGCAGCAAAGUUAAGUCUGGGAACGCAUGAUGAACAGAGUCGCCCUCCACCGUCUCCCAGUUAGUCCCAAAGAUGCUUUCCUUCCCAACCUGAUGAGAAAGCAACAGGCAGAAGACGGCCACCCAAAGACCCAAGAAGAAUCAGGUGCCCUCUGGGCGUCUUCCUUCAUCUACCGCUUUACGAGCCCCAAGGAAUUUGAGGCACGCUACCGGCUUCACCUUCUCUCCAGUUGGGUCUGGAAAAACAAACAUCUGGCAUUUGCUGUUGUCUCCUCUGGGGGUGGAAAGAACAAAACAAAUAAAUAAAUGUAUGGAUUUCAUCA